AUGGCUAACGAUUCGGUCACAGCACAUGGUAAUACUAAGAAUGGGGCAACGCUAACGAAGUCAGAAAUCAAUUUUGCUAAUGUUCAAUUGGCAAAGUUACACGCUGGAUUUUUACGGAAUCUUUCGGAUGCUUGUGCUAACAAUCAUAUACCAAUGCCGAUGGCUGCGAUGCAUUCGAAGAAAGCUUUUGAUUUACUCAAGGUGGUGGCGGCUUCAAGUGUCAAGCAGCACAUCGAUAAGACAACGCCGCAUUGUGAAAGAUGUUCGCUGAAUUUAACACUACCGAAUUCGUUCAAAAUAAAUCUCUCGAAAACAAAACCUCCGUCGAAACGACUAAUGAAACGAUUACGUAAAUAUUCCGACGACGACGACGACAACACCAAAAGGAAACAACUUGACUCUGCAUUGAAACGGUAUAUCUAUUGUGUUAUAUCGAAGCAGCAGUUUUCCAUUGCGUCAUGA